AUUAAGGGAAGGGGCGUGACUGCCCCCGUUUAGCUGGGGCGAGACUUCCGAUAUAUCCAGCUGGGUGUCCGAAAAUAUCGUGGUGGUCUGUGGGAUCUGAGCACAUUUAGGACAGCGAGACGGCCGCUGCCGUGCCUUCGUUGGAUCUGGGGGGCGUUUGGCUGAGUCUGCGGGUCCCUGGAGCCCUCGCACAGCCUGAUGGCAUCAGCGCAGGCACCAGUGACCUUCAAGGAUGUGUCUGUGACCUUCACCCGGGAGGAGUGGGAAUUGCUGGCCCCGGCUCAGAGGACCCUGUACCACGAGGUGAUGCUGGAGACCUGCAGGAUCCUGGUGUCUCUGGGGCAUCCGGUUCCGAGGCCAGAGCUGGUCCACCUGCUGGAGCAUGGGCAAGAGCUGUGGACAGUGAAAAGAGGCUCCCCACGGCACACCUGUCCAGGUGAUGGAGCAAAACUUCAGACCAGAGAGCCAAGCACCAUUCAGCCAGUUUUGUCUGAGGGAGCCCUGCUUCAGGGAAGCCGUACUCUGGAAUUGUCAAGGGACCCCAGAUUGGAGCAAGCCAGGGAACGGGAAGGGCUUUUGGAAAUGAGGCCAGAGACAGACCCCCACGAGGAGACCCAUCCCGGGAAAAGGAGCCUUGAAGAUAAUAGUCUGGGGACAGGUGACAGUCUGCACUCUAGGAUGUUACAGGAGAGAGUCUCCCGGGGAGAUGUUCUCUAUGAACUCGACCCACACGGACCAGGGAAAGUCCCCAGGAUCCAGGUGGGGAGGAACCUCUACAAAUGCAAGCAGUGCGGGAAAGGUUUCAGCAGGAAAUGGUACCUUGCUCGCCACCAGCGGGUUCACACAGGGAUGAAGCCCUAUGAGUGCAACGCUUGCGGGAAAACCUUCAGUCAGAGCUCCACCCUCAUCCGACACUACCUCAUCCACACUGGGGAGAAGCCCUACACGUGCCCGGAGUGUGGGAAAGCCUUUAAGCGCAGGUCCUACCUGGUGCAGCACCACCCGAUCCAUACUGGGGAGAAGCCCUAUGAGUGUGCCCAGUGUGGGAAGGCCUUCAGCCACCGCUCCACCUUCAUUCGGCACAAAAGGACCCACAGCAGGGAAAGGCCCUUUGUGUGCAAGGACUGCGAGAAGGCAUUCAGCAACAGAGAGCACCUUACCCAGCAUUACACUGUGCACACUGGGGCUAAGCGGUUUGAAUGUGCCAUGUGCGGGAAGGCCUUCCGCUGCCGUUCAGAGCUCCUGCAGCACCGGCGCGUGCACACUGGGGAGCGGCCUUAUGUCUGCGCACAAUGCGGGAAGGCCUUCCACCGCAGCACAUACCUGCUGCAGCACUCCAUCAUCCACACGGGGGAGAAGCCUUAUAAAUGCGGCCUGUGUGGGAAGGCCUUCAAGCGCAGGUCCCACCUUCUGCAGCACCAGCGCGUCCACACCUGAGGUAAGCCCUGCCAGUGCAGGGGCUGGAGAAAGGCCUCACCCAGUGCUCCUUCCUGGCCUGUUAAGGGGCUCCACGUGGGAGAAAAAUCUCCCUCAGUGCAAAGAUGUUGGAGGGGGAUUUUUGUCAGCUCUGAAACACACAAGAAGUUGCCUUGGCGAGAAGCCCUGUGAACGCAGUGACUGUACCUAGAGCUGAAGGUCAGCCCGCCCUCAUCACGGUGGGAGAGAAAGGAGAGAAGGUGGGUCACCAGUGGUUCUGCCUCUGUUAGCAUCAGAGAACUUACUGGGGAGAGAGGCUGGAUAUAACUAUGAAGGACAGUCUUAAGCCAAAAGGAAAAAUCUUACUUGCUAUCUGAGAAUUCAUAGCAAAGAGCCACAUAAUUGUCAUUGUGAACAUACGAUACCUUCUGGGACAGGUCACUUUGAUACAGAGAGAUCUGAUCAGAUCACUGGGGAGGAGAAGGCAGAGGCCACAGGAGGAGGUUGGCUGAGGCAAUGGUAAACAGACUAGGGUGUGGUGGGCAGAGAAGCUGAGGGCCUCCUGU